AAGCAUCGAGCCUAUCCCCGAAGUUCAAAACACAAGAUCCAACGGUUUAAAAUGCGGAUACGAUUGAAAAUGGAAGUCGAUUACGAAUGGGGAACGUUGUCGGCUAACGUACCGGUUCAAAAGUUGGAGCAACACUUUCGUGAAAAUUUUGAAUCACUUCAACCGGAAUACUACGUCAAAGUACCGGGUAGAGUAAAUUUGAUCGGUGAACAUGUAGAUUAUUGCGGUUAUUCCGUAUUCCCGAUGGCCAUUGAUCAGUGUAUCGUAGUGGCGGCGAAGAGGACAACUGWUCGGAAAACCGUGGAGUUGACCAACCUGUGUACGGAGCGGUACGAAAACGUCUCCAAAAAUAUAUCUGACAUAAGUGCGGAAUCUUUGGGCAAGAGUCCGAGUUGGUCGAACUAUUUUAUGUGUGGCGUGAAGGGAGCUCGAGAGUACUUGAGUGAUAGUCAGCUAAAAGCCGUCGAAAAAGUCGGUUUUCUAUUCGCGAUCACCGGAAAUAUUCCAGAGAGUUCGGGAUUGAGCAGUUCGAGUGCACUAGUGACGGCUGCGGUGAUGGCCACCCUAGUCGGAUACGGAAUUAUCGCCAAGAAAUUGAAUCUCGAAUGGGAACAGAUGACUGCACUCGCGACGCUGCAGAAGCGUUCAGGCAACACGYUAGACCAAAUGAYCGAUUUAGUCCACCAGCACUUACACGUCGAUGGGUAUUCCAAGUCAGAGGUGUGUGAAAUCUUGUCGGUGUCCGAAGACCGACUCGACGAGCUCAGUUUGACGGCCAACACGACCAAAGUUGCCAAAUUUUACUUGCACCAGAGAGCUCUGCACGUGUUCGAAGAGGCAAAGCGGGUGGAAGAGUUUUGCAAGCUGUGUGAGAACUCCGGAGCAGCGUCAGACCUCGGGAGAUUGAUGAAUGACAGUCAUUCGUCACUGCGAGACCUUUAUCAAUGCAGUCAUCCGGAUCUGGAGGAGUUGGUGGCACUAUGCAAACGGGAAGGCGCAUACGGAUGCAAGCUCACCGGUGCCGGUUGGGGAGGAUGCGUCGUGGUUAUGGUGCCGUCAGAUGACACCGAAAGAUUCGUGAAAUCUGUAAGAGAUCAGUACUUCUCGACUAGAGAGACAUGCGAUAGACGUAUCGAUGAACUGGUGUUCGCAACCAGUCCUUCUGAAGGGGCUUGCUGUGUUAUCGUCAAGACUACUUCCAUCAGUGACGGAAUCACCGACAGACUUCCACCUUUGAUGUACUUAUGAAACACAAUCAAACAAUUAUUUAUUCUGCAUAGUGUAUUUGGUUAAUAAUCAAAUCAUAUAUUUUUCCAAUAAAACCACGUAUUUUUAUCGUGAUAAAAAAUCAUAGGUUUUGAUGGCUAGAUUAAGUUAAAUACCGUUUUAAACAUUAUUAAUAACUAUAUGUCAUAUGUAAAUAAAUAUAUGUAUAUUAUUAUACUAA